AACGGAACACGAGCGGGAAACUCGCCGCGCCCUCGCCGGUUAUCCACCACAAUUCCUCCCACGUUCCAGCGAAGCCUCGCACACCACACCAGAGCACCUUCCCCCGUCGCCGCCGCCGCAGCAGCAGCAGUAUCCAUGGCGCCGAAGGCUGCCGAGAAGAAGCCGGUGGAGAAGACCCCCGCGGUCAAGAAGCCCAAGGCGGAGAAGAAGGUGCCGACGUCCAAGGAGGGCGGCGAGAAGAAGGGGAAGAAGAAGUCCAAGAAGAGCAUGGAGACGUACAAGAUCUACAUCUUCAAGGUGCUGAAGCAGGUGCACCCGGACAUCGGCAUCUCCUCCAAGGCCAUGUCCAUCACGAACUCCUUCAUCAACGACAUCUUCGAGAAGCUCGCCGGCGAGUCCGCCAAGCUGGCGCGGUACAACAAGAAGCCCACCAUCACAUCCCGGGAGAUCCAGACCUCCGUCCGCCUCGUCCUCCCAGGCGAGCUCGCCAAGCACGCCGUCUCCGAGGGCACCAAGGCCGUCACCAAGUUCACCUCCGCCUGAUUUGGCACGUCGUCUGUGUCUUCUUUGGCAGAUCAGAUCGAUGGCGCUCGCUCUGUAGUUAGCUGUUCGUGCUAUGUCGUCUUGUAACUUGUGCUGGUUCAUGAUCUGGAGAAAUAGUAACAGCGCUUAUUUCGGUUCUUUC